AUGUCACCAAAAUAUGAAAUUAUCAAAAUAAAUAGAGAAAGAAUUAAGAAUGAAGUAAAUUUAAUAAUGUUUUGUAAUUACUUGAGGUUGAAUCUGAGAUUAAACAUAACUCAAGCAAGAAAAUCCUUCAUCUUAACAAUAAUAGAAAUUAGUCAAAAUCAAAAAUAGUCUAAUUAAGAAGUAAAUAAAGAAAAUGAUAGUUCAUAUAAAGCAAAAAUUAAAUCAUAAAUGAAUACAUACUUUAAAAUAUUUCAAAGGAAAGUAAAUGCGGAAUUCUAAUGAAAUUUUCAAGCAAGAUCAAUAUUCCUACAUCAUAUGGAUAAAUAAUCCUAUAUUUAAGUAUGAAUUCAUAAAAAACAUACUAUAACUGAUACCAAAUAAACAUAAGCAAUGAAUGAUGAAGACUGCUACUAGC